UCGCGUCGUCUGCAGUACUUACUUAGCCGGUUAUAAAAAUCGCACAGGUUACAAUGCGUUCAAAGUGUAAACAAAUGUAGUUCAGAACAGAGUGACAUUUUUAGAAAGAGCCAUGGUUAUAGCUAUAGUCUUUUUAGAUUCAGAGUCUUGUUAUAACACGUAGAUAUGCCGAUGCAGUUUCGUUGUGUGCAUACAUACAUAUAUCUAGUUUGUGCAGUCGUUGAACGACUCAACAGGUUGUGACACGCAAAGAGCGAGUAGUGAUAUCCAAGAUGUAUUCGCAAUACAAGAAUUUAACCAGUCAAAAGUCAUCCCAGUCGCAAUUUCGAAAAUUCGUCGAAAAUGCUGACAUCAAUGAGCUUAUCAAAAUGGUCCUCUCGAAACUCAGCUCCACAGAGGUGAUGAAGAUGCUGGAUGAUAUAUUCCAAGCUUGUUCAGAACUGGGAUACGGAUAUCAUGAUAAAUGGCAGAAAUUGGUCAAAGCUAUUUUCGAUGCGCUCAAAAAGACUAAAGUUACCAGCAAGCAUGCCGAGAACAUUGUUAGUAGGAUCGUGGUUGAUUUUCCAAUGUUUGAGAGAGCUCAUCUCGUCAAGCUUGUUGAUUACUUUCUUGACAGGAUUAGGAAUAACGACGACGAUUUCAUGAGCUGGAAGGAUGUUCUGCCUUUACUAUUAGAAAGACUUGAGGAAGAGAAUAACAUAAACCAUAGAGGCUCUGAUGUCACUGGCAAAGAUUAUAAAAUCAUUAUUAUACGUUCUAUUUGUGAUAUUGACUGGGAACCUUCAAUUUUGACAUCAUUAGCAAAAAUGUUUGUAGAACUGAUGGCAGAAGUAAAGGAUAAAGUUAUUUGGGACACUAUUAUGAAAGCGUUGACAAACAAACUUAUGACUGUUGAUCUCAAUGAGCUGCCACCUUUGGCUCAUCAAAUGCUUAAACUGGGAUGUGAGCACAACAGCACAUUACUAUUUUCCACUCUGUCCAAAUACUUUGCAGAAAAUUAUGUCAAUGUCUCAGAUGACGAUGCCAAUAGCCAAGAGACAUCCGAAUCAAUAAUUUCAAGCAAAGUCUCCUUAAAAGAACUCCAGGAGGUAGAAAGUACAGUCAUAUACUACAUCUACCAAUCUGCUCUGGAUAACACCAAAGGUUCAACAGAAUAUCUGAAAUGCCUGAAAUCUGUGGUUAAUGCCCCAGAAUACAUUCUGGACACAUUUGUCAUGUCAGUACUACUGCUGUUAUCCGGUUUGCACGAAGACGAAGCCUUUCAAAUUUUAAAACUCGCGGUUUUGCGACGGAUCCAGGAAGAGGAAAAUCAGAACAACAGUGCCUGGCUCAGACGAGUGUCAUCUGAUAAUCAAAACGUCCUACAAACGAUCAACCGAGUGAUCGAUCACAGCAAUAAAGACCGUCAACUGGUCCUAAAAGGCAUGGUUGAUUUCGCCUUUGUACUAUUGGGCAUUGAUCGCAAGGCUGGUACAGAGCACCACCUGCCCUGGGAGUACGGCUGUAAGAUAGUUCAGAAGAUUGCCAGAAAGCGAAGCGAUGCCGGUGGAACUAUCCUCGAGAUUCUCGUCGACAAAAUUGUCCGAGCAGGCUCCAACGUCAUACAGUACACAGACUGCCUGUCGUACAUGUGUCGUCGGCUAACGAUGACUGUGCUAGAGCAUCAAGUCUGGAUAACGACUCUCUUGGAACAGCUGUUGGUGAUACCCGGCUCGGCAGCGAGUCAAGUUUUGCGGGCCAUUCUACCACUGAUGCGUGUCUCUGGCUCGAUUCGCGACAAUUUGAUCAUGAGCUUGAGAAAGGCGUUGUAUCGCAAGGGCACCGAGACUCGAAAGAUGGCUGUUUUAGGUUUUCUACAGCUGCUGAAAAAUUUGAAGCUCACGACACUCACAGCACUCAGCCAGUCUGACUCGUUGUCGUCGUCUAACGUUGCCUCGUCGUCAUCGUUGUUCACUCAGGCGACAAUGGAAAGACCGUCGCAACGAUCAGCCUCGAAUCCGUGGCACAAUACCAGUCUGUGUCGAGAGAUUCUAGCUAUUCUCGGCAAGUGCUUUUCACACGAGAUAGAAGUGCGAUCUCACCUGUACAAAGAACUGUACUUCGGUAUACUGAAGAACGAAGAACUAACAGAGUACGUAGUAGAGAUGUUGCUGGAGCACUUGUUCCAGUACUACGAAAAGGAUGAAAACGUGGCACUGCCGAUCGUCUUUGAAAAAUGCAGCACAACCCAAGGCAUCGAGGUGGUGUUACAAGAGCCCCUGGCUGACCUCAUCUUUGCCCUACAAAAGAUUUACCUGAGAGUCGCUUCCAAGGAAUCGGCCAGGAUUGACAAGUUAGCUGUUGUCCUGGAAUCGUUAUGCAAGAGAAUGUGUCAGACUGAUCUCGAGCAUAUGGGGCUGGAAGAGGACACAGAUUUACUGGAUAAUACACCAAAAGCCCAGCAAAAGUUGUUAAACGUCAAACUUGCGAUCUCGGUGUACGAAUCACUGAUAGCUUAUAAAAUCGCUUCCUGGUCUCAAGUUAGCGUCAAUAUUAGUCAAAGCGUUAUAUCCCUUUUCAAAGGCUAUUCGAACUUGGUCGAGUAUCUGAAAAGAACAAAUAAGACAAAGAAGGGACCUGGAAAGGGUAAGAAGGACAAAGACAAAGAUAAAGACGGCAACGACACGACGAUCAAGAAGCCAGGGAGACCUGCAGCCAUUAAAAUGCCGCCAACCGUCAUGGACUUUGACACCGUGGCAAAGAGCAUGAUUUUGUUGUACAACACUAAAAAUACCUACGCAACAGAAGAUCAAACAAGCCUAUUGCGAGGACGCAUCGAGUUUCAUUUGUACAUCCUGAGCACCUGUUUACAACUUCUGCAGCACGUGAAGACCUUGAAGGAUCACGAUCUGCAGACUUGCCUGGAAUUGAAUAAACAAAAUUUCAACUCCAUCGGACGCACGCUUUACAAGUACAUAAUUUCCGAUUUGAAGACCGUGAGCUCUUUCAAUGGGCAAACAGCCGGGCUGGGACUGGAAUGUUUCAAAGAAUGCUGCGACGUCAUGUGCACACUCAAUUCGUCCGAAUUACCAGCUUUCCUCGAAGUAACAUGCGAAGUAAAAUCGGAUCGCGGACUCUCACUACAGUUGCAAGGGCUUAUCUCUCCAUUAAAAGACGUAUUCAUUGCGAGUCUCAACGAAGACGAGACCGAGGAGGUGAUAGCGGAAAAGAUACCUAUACACUUGAUUGAAACGAUAUCCAAACUCGUCCAGAAAAUUAUGUUUAACGAAAUUAAAGCUGAGAAGAUGUUUGACUGGCUCACAAAAUUAGCUGAAGAGCAAGAAAUCGUCGAUAUAACAGUAGCCUCAAUAAUCUUCCAACUUAUCUUGAUGAUAGAAGAGCGAAGUUUGGAAUACGGAGAAGUACUUCAAGAUAUUUGCAUUGAAUUUUGCGCGAUUCUUGGAAAAAUUGAUAAGAGCGAAGUUACGUCAACGAGAAAAUUCCAAAUGAUUAAUGAGACGAACAUAUACAUAAUUUACAUAGCCAUCAAUAAAAUACUCUCGCUGAAACUGCAAAACGUAAAUUGGCUACUAGGUAGACUUAAUGCUGAGCACUCGGCGCUGAUCAGUCUCGAAGCCGACAACGAAUCCAAUCGAAAGAGGAUAAAGGAACGAGAACAGAGUCUAUGUCGACAAUUCUCGUUUAUUCUCGGUGUAUUUGAAGUCCUUGCUAGCGCGAGAAUCAUGCCUGGACCAGCAUCGGAUGCGAUUUUCAAGAACUUACUAAAAGUGUAUAACUUUGCUUGCGCAUUGGCCAAGUAUUUCAAGAAGAAGUCGACCGCUACGAAUCCAGCAUUUCAAUCGGUCAAAUUCAUACCCGUGAUUCAAGGGGCUGGUAAUGCGUUGAAGCAGGCAAUCAUGGACUUGAUAUUGCAUGUCGAGUCUUCGCAGAGUGGAGGGAAGUCGAAUGACGCGAACGUACAACGAAAUAAAAUCCUGAAGGAAGUCAUGGUUAUUCCUAAAGUAGUACAAGCCAUAGACACGUUCGACAAAGAAAUAGUGUUGCUCGCGAAGAAAACUGGGGUGGAUUUACUGAAAUAUACGAAGUACGACUCCAUCCGAGAUUUCAGGAUAAAGAGCACUCAGCUAAAGGAAAAUAUUGAGAAGAUGAACGUCAGUUUGAUGAUAACGCAAGCCAAUGCCAAUCAGAACGAGGAGGAGGAAGACCAGACCGACGAUGCAGCAGAGGAGAGCGAGUCUAGGAGCGAAAGCGACGAAAGUCCUCGUCCGUCAAAAAGGCGUCGCAGCAGUUAGUUAUAAUUCACACGUCUAAUUGAGUUAUAUUUUUUCAAGAUUCUAUUUAAACUAGUUUUCUAUUUAUUCAUAUCGUAUUUCGAUUUGAUGUUUACGAUAUCCGUGAGUAUCAUCCAAGUUGUUACGAGUUACUAAUGUAUAAAAAUAGCGUUGAGCAAAACAUUCUUGUACUUUUCCAAUAAAACCAACGAAACAAUAUAUCUGAUUUAUGUAAAUCAUACUCGCACACAGCUCAGUAACUCCGUACAACAUCAGAUAGACUCUCUUGGAUAAGCUCGCAUCGAUAAGCUUGCGCUUCCCGAAUUCGCGAAAGCUGCCCUUUGGCAGCGGCGGCGGCGCUUUAUUUAUAAGGCGAUAGCGCUGUAGAGGCAUCAGCCGGCUUGAACCGGACUCGGGCGGUUCUUCGGCCAUCUCUUUCUCUUUCUCUCCUCGAGUAUAGCAUGUAGAGAUUUUGUAUAUAUGUGUGCUACACACUUUGACUUUCGAGAGUCACGGAGGAAGUUUUCUCCGGUGCUUCCUUUCCCACGUACUGUCGAUGAUCUCGAGUGACCGCUGUCGGUAUCGAUGGUAUGCGGGAGGAAGGAAUGCAUACUUGUUGUCGAUGACGUACUCUGUUUGUGUAUUUUCUGUACUUAUUUACUUUUAAAAUGAAUGGCUUUUAAAAGGGCUACGACUAACUCAGUGGUUUAUACACGUUAUGAGCAUUGAGCAAUACAGCACGCGGCUACAUAGUAUUUAAUUCGUAUACAUUUUCAGACAAUAAAGGAAAAA